UCUCCUACGUGAAGGAACAUUGUGCAAAAUGUGCAUUUUAAACUCAGGACUAAGGAUGUGGAUGGUUUUGUUUUGCUCCCUGUUAGCACAAGCAAAGACCUAUCCUCUACAAGGAUGGCCAAUGUACGCUCAGGCACCAAGAGAAUAUCCUGAAGACGAUUAUUAUUAUGCUCCGAAAAUUCAAUACUACUACGAUGCUCCAGCUAUAAAUGCGCCAGAAGUUUACGGUCAAGUUCCUUUUACAUAUUUUUAUGACCCAUAUGGUCAUUUUGCAAACGAAGCGCCAAAGAAACAAGAAGAAAGAUUAGCUGCAUUGCCUAUCGGUCAAGAGACGUGGUUCGAAAACGAGUCCUCUCCUCGGUGGAAAUCUAAUAAUAUCGAUGACGUCAACGCCGCUUUCCUAGACAAUUUAAUUCUUACACAAAUGGCUCAAGACGCACAGAGGCGACGUGAAAAUGCUCGGGCUGCAUUCUCAAAUAUGGAUUACGAAGAAAAAGAAAACGAGGACGAAGAUGUCCGAGAACUUAAAGCUCUGGCAGAUAAACCACUUUACCACGCACCUAAAACUGUUUCUAAAAUUGAAGAAGAUGAUUAUCCUGAAGAUUAUGCUGACACCUUUAUAAACUGGAACGGAAAUAAGCGAAGUGUAACCACGGUAGCUCCAGAAAUCAGUACAGAGGGUGUCAAAGAUAUCAACAAAGAAGUUGUGAUGCCUCGACCAGCACCGAUCACCCACACCCAUAGAUCUAAUCAAAAUAAAAUCAAAGCACCAUUCUACAACGCCAUUACACAGUUUCUCGAAAAACAAGGCCAUGAAAAUUUGAAAGGACGAAGAAUCGAUAAACGCUUUGUUGCCGGUGAUUCCGAUCUAGUAGUCGAACUUCGAGGACUGAAACAUCGUAUCGCAACUUAAAUUGAUACAAUUGAUUACCGCCAACUAACAUGAGACUGAAUAUUAUUUUAGAAUAGUAAAUUUACGGCAACAGCGACCUGAUAAAAACACGACGAAAACAGGCAAUCAAAAUAACAAAAAAAAAUGUAAUUGCGUAAUAUAUAAUUUUUAAAGUAUAUUGAUCAUACAGUCAUAUAUUUCAGACAUUACGAGUACUAAUGGCUAAAUGAAAACGUUCUUUGCCGCCAUUUGCAAUAACUGUCUUGUUUCAAAUAAUUAAAAGGUUGAUGACUGGAUUUCUAUAAUAUAACUAAUCGAUAUAAUAGUUGAUCUCAGAUCUUUUUCGAUUCUUUACUAGUUUUGAUAAAAUUUCGUAGUUGAUAUAAAAGUUAAUUAAUGUACAAAAUGUGACUAUAAUCACAAAUGCUGAUUAUUACGAUAACGGUAACUUUUUAAAAGAAUCCUAUUCGAAGGUUCCCUUCAUUUGGCAGCUGACGCGUCGCACAAACUAUUGUGCAAUUGUUGUAAAUAUUAGAUAUCAUUCUUCUAAGAUUUAGAUAGAAAAUACGUCACUAUUAUUUUUAAAAAAUGAAUGUGUAUAUUUUAAGUAAGGUACUUUUUUAAACUGCGCAAAAUACUGAAUCUUUUCUUGGCUAUAAUAUUUAUAAAGUAAAGGAAAAGUUUGCGUCCCUUCUGAUAGAAACCGAUAUAUAUAUACAUAUGUAUUGUGAUACAAAAUUAUGUAUUUUGAAACUUUCACGGCGAGUCCGUAUAGUAAAUUGGAUUUGACGAUUUCAUUUAUAUAACUACUUGGAAAGUACUGCUUAUCUUCCAAAAUAUUUUAUUUUUUGUAUAAUUUAAAUAUUUUAUAUUGUAUAUAAAAAUUAAUGUGGUGCUAUUUAUUUUCUUUAAUUUCACGGUCUAAAUAGACAAUACAGUUAACCUUUUGCAAAGCAAAAUAUUGAAAAUAAUAUUGUAUACUUUUAUAAUAGUAAGAAUGAUGAUUCUCUUGGCAAGCAGAGGAUUAGGUGAUAUUUCAGCUUUACGGCUUCUUAACUGUUUGUAUGACAAACGGUCUAUGAGACCUUUGUUAAUGAUUAAUACUUAUUAAUUCCGCCAUUUUAUUAUUUAUCUUAGAAGUACA